AUGUCUUCGCUACUGUCUUUGCCAUGUGUGGCUGAUAAGUGCCAACUAGCAUCUCUUGCACUAUGCCAAUGCUGUAAAAAAGAUUUGUGUAUUGACCACCUGAAUGUACAUGCCAAUCAACGGAACGAAAAACUUUUGCCAUUUGCUGAUAAAAUCAAUGUUUUAUUGGAGCGUUUUAGCAAAUUUUAUGAUGGUGACCAAAGUGGAUUGAAACAAUUGGAAGAAUGGAAACAACAAGCGUAUAAAGUCCUUGAUAGUUUUUGUGAAAGAAAACGACGAGAUUUUCUGGGUGAAACAACCGAUAAGCAACGAGAGCAAUUAAAUGAGAUGCAUAAUAAAUUGAAAGAAUUGAUACGAACGAAGGGUGGUAUACAGCAGGAUUUCGAUGAAUUUUCUGAGAAUAUGCAUGUGAUCGAACAGCAUUUGGAUAAACUGGAGCACAUUCAACUGACACUUCCUCCAUUGACUAUCGAUGAUCAAUGUAUUCUUCGACCUGACGUCUCGCCAAACGAAUCAUCGGAUAAAAAUUCAACCGUACAGGCUGAAAAUACAUCAAUUGUGCCAGUGGAUAAAAUAGCCGCGAAAAACAAGUCGUCGGAGAAAUCAUCGAAAAAACGAAAGAAAUCAUCGCGACACUUGGACGAUUCACCCGAUAGAUCUCCAUAUCGACGAAGUCGAUCACCACGUAGUCACAGUGAUCGUUCUAGGCGAAAACAUCAUAGGAUAUCCGAUUCGGAUGCAUCACAAUCCUCGAACGAUAAGCUCAAUUGUAAUGAUUGUCGCGGUUGCCAUUUCUAUCAAGACCGAUUCGGGCCCGGUUUCAUGGAUGCAUUUGGUCCAUGUUCAUGUGAGUGCCACAAGUGGGCAUAUGAUAAUUAG